ACUAGAAGUCGAGAAAAAUGACCCCCCAUUUCUUCCACUGACGUGGAAAUUCCAGAUUGAGAGCUGAGUAUUAGAAGUCAAGGUCUCUACCAAGACCUCUCCGAUCAGAUGCAAGGAACGCGGUUAUAUGGGAACCGAUCCGAAUUGCCCGAAAUUUCCGAAACAGUCGAAGGAGCGAAAACUCCAUCCCAACAUGCUCGUGGAAGUUGAGAAUGCCCCGGGCAGCUGGUUCGACUCCAACUACGAUGGUUGGGUGUUCGACGACAAUUUGGAUGACCCAGAUUGGGUGUGGCACUACGCUGAUCAGGAACGGUACAUCGAGAAAAAGGGAGAAUGGCAGAUCGCCACAGAUGUGUCCUUCACAAUCCCAAGGAUUGAGGAAGGACAAAAUAUCGUCAAUAUUCUUCAAGAAAAGGUAACAGAGGGGUACCCACUGGGCGUGUAUGAAACAGUUGCCUUGGACGAUGGUCAGGAGGACAGAUCCUCCCAAGAUGGCCAAGAGGAUCAGACGGACCAUCAUAUGGACCUAGAGAGAAACUCCCCUCGCGCCUUCUCCCCCCUGAUUGCAAAGCUGUCAGAGGAAACCAAGCCGAAGAGAGGGAUGAUGUGGAGGCCAUGGAGAACAGUGAAAGCGAUUCCAUACAGCGUGCUGGUAGGACCCAACAUUCCAGCGGAACUGUUGGCGGUCUCAGUGGCACACCUCUUGACUUUUGGGAUUCUGAAGGGGGACAGUGAUCUGUACUCAAGGGCGUUUGCCAUAGAUCUGGACAAUUAUUACAGACGUGAUUGCUCCAAGAGCGAUAUGGAGAAGUGGCAAGAUGAGGACUACGGAGUCGGAUCAGAACCGACCCUUGUCCCCUGGCACGGAACCAGCGGACGUGGAGGAGAAGAAGAGGAGGAGGAGGAAGAAGAAGAAGAAGAUGACGAAGAAGAGGGAGGAGAAGAAGAGGAGGAGGAGGAAGAAGAAGAAGAAGAUGACGAAGAAGAGGGAGGAGAAGAAGAGGAGGAGGAGGAGGAGGAAGAAGAAGAAAUUGACGAGGAAGAGGGAGGAGAAGAAGAGGAGGAGGAAGAAGAAGAAGCAAAUGACGAAGAGGAGGGGAGAGAAGAAGAGGAGGAGGAGGACGAAGAAGAAGAAGAAGAAGAAGAAGAAGAAGAAGAAGAAGAAGAAGAAGAAGAAUAGUGAAAACAGGGCCCUUGAGGCUGCAACGAAAAAAGAAAAAAAAAAUUUGCAUUUUGGCCGGUGAUUGGAACGC